UGCAGUUUUCUUGCCUUCUGAGUGCCCCAGCUAUUCUGCUGCCCGGGUUGUCCUGACAGACUUGGUCUUAAAUCGCUAUUUCUUGUGCAAGUUACUUCUGACUUUAAAGCUUCCUGUCUGCUAUAAAAUAUUAGUACGAUGUCCCAAGCCUGAACUCCAGCAAGGGCCGCUGUAGAGCGCUAUUAUUGGAAUUAAGGAAGUUAAUAUGGGCCGUGUCUGUAAAGUCACUGGCACAUGUUGGCACAUGAGUAGCUUCCAUUCUGACUGUGAUGAGGCCUAAAUUAGCCUUUACAUUUGAUUCUUCUGGCCAGUAGGGCAGGAGAUUUCAUAUUUAUCUCCUUUCACUUCUUAAACUUUUGCCUCUCUAAAUUAUAUGAAAACACCACUUUGUGAUGUGAAUUAUUUUUUUGCACAAAGUCAGUUGUGAAGUGUAGAGUUUGUAUUGUCUACAGACAUACCUGGGUUUUAAUAUCUGACCUCCCACACAUUUCAUAUGAAGGGAACUCUUUGUUUUAUGGUAAAUGUUUUAACUCUUUUGGCUUGUAGUUUCAGAAUGAGUCAUUCUGGGUUCUCUAAACUGACUGAGCUCUUGUUGUGCCAAGGGGAGAUGCUGAAGCUAGGGAGCACCAUGUGGUGAUGGUGACAGGUCCUGCUUGGCCAGAAGUAGGUGCAGAACUAAACUGAGGUUUGGAGAAGGAAGCAGAGGCUUAGAGAGGCCAAGGCUUGGCAUGGAGCUUGUCUGGUUGGGAGUGCUAGGCAGAUGAAAAGAUGCAAACUGUACUGGGUCCCUGAGGGGUGUGUAAGCCAGGGUGGGUGAAAUUGGACAAGACCAUGUUUUGUUAUGUGAGAAUAAAUUCCUCUAGACUUUCAGUGCUUGAUAGCCUACUAAAUAUUUAUGGAUACCACUUUGCUUAAUUCUUGUGAUUAUCAAUAUAGAAAAAAAAAAAAAGAACCAGAACGUCCAGUAUUAGAUUCUCUGUAGAUGUGGGCCAUGGGAGAUAACAUUCAGUUAUGUCCCCUUCCUAUUGAGACCGGGCUGUUUCAGUGUUGUCCAAUGCAGGCGUGUGGGCCAAGUCUAGGUUCUGCAGUGCAGCAGCAGUGUGGCCUUCUCGUACCCGGGAUUCUCUGUGGCCCAGGCAGGCCAUGAACUUGUGACCCUUUGGUAUCACGAGAGCUGGGAUUGAAAGCCUGAAGUGCCUUCUAGUGUCUGCGUCCACAAAACACACAGGUGCUGCACCUACCGCAUCCACAAGACACACAGGUGGUGCACCUACUUCAUGAGGUGGUUUUGAAGAUUAGUGAAAUAGUAUCCACGGAAUGCACAGUCAGGUGGAGCACGUAGGAAGCACACGAUGCCCCUCCCGCCUAUGGAGGCCGCAGGUAACGGAAGCAAGGUAGUUUCUCCCCAGGCCCCGGGGCUGCAGUCAUUUCAGAGUCUGUAGGAGCUCCUGUGUGUCCCCUGUGCGUCUGUCUCCAAACCCUGGACGAGGAAACAGCAAGAGCUUGACUCCAAGGAUGCUAUUAUUUUACAUCAAUUCGCAAGAGCUAACAAUGGUGUUCCCAGCUUGUCGCCUUUCUGUUUGAAAAUGGAAACUUACCUAAGAAUGGCUGACCUACCCUAUCAGAACUAUUUUGGUGGAAAACUUUCUGCUCAAGGGAAAAUGCCUUGGAUUGAAUAUAAUAAUGAAAAAGUGUCUGGCACAGAAUUCAUAAUAGACUUUCUGGAAGAGAAACUUGGAGUGAACUUAAACAAAAACCUUGGCCCUCAUGAAAGAGCUGUCUCAAGAGCCGUGACCAAGAUGGUGGAAGAGCACUUCUACUGGACGUUAGCUUAUUGCCAGUGGGUGGACAAUCUCAAUGAGACCCGGAAGAUGCUGUCUCUUAGUGGUGGUGGUCCCUUCAGUAACCUGCUCAGGUGGGUCGUGUGCCACAUAACAAAAGGAAUUGUGACGCGGGAGAUGCAUGGCCACGGCAUUGGCCGCUUCUCGGAGGAAGAGAUUUACAUGCUGAUGGAGAAGGACAUGCGGUCUUUAGCAGGGCUUUUGGGUGACAAGAAGUACAUCAUGGGACCCAAGCUUUCCACUCUUGAUGCCACUGUGUUUGGACACUUGGCACAGGCGAUGUGGACCUUGCCGGGGACAAGACCAGAGCGGCUAAUCAAAGGUGAGCUCAUCAACCUUGCCAUGUACUGUGAGAGGAUCAGGAGGAAGUUCUGGCCCGAGUGGCACCAGGAUGGCGACAACACCCUCUACGAGUCUGAGGAGAGCAGUGAGGGCAGCAAGACUCACACACCCAUGCUGGAUUUUAGCUUUUACUCAAGGACAGAGACCUUUGAAGAUGAGGGGGCUGACAACAGCUUCUCCAGGACCCCAGACACGGAUUUCACUGGACACUCUCUCUUUGAUUCUGAUGUGGACAUGGAUGAUUACACAGACCACGAACAGUGCAAAUGAUGACCCUUCACUGACCCUCUUCCUUAGGAGUUACCAAUCCCUGGGGUCGGUCCGUGUCCCGGGUAGAAAUCUGUCUGGGCUGGGAGGAGAUCUCCAAGCUUGGCCCAGUUGUAACAUGCUAACUGGACUAUAAGCCGCCUUAUUUCUUUUUUUGUACAGAUAAAACCACAGAACCAUUCCGAUGGCUGCGUUUAAAACAGACAAGACAAAUAUCAGCAUGGUACCUGAAAUCCAUUUUUGUUUUCAUUAGAAAACCAAUAUUGUGUGGGAGGGCAGGUACACGAGUGGGUUGUCAGCUGAGUGUUUCCGUUGAUCCUUUUCAACGGAGGACUUGGUUGUCCGAUGGAUUCCCGAGCGUCUCUCAUCCGCAGGGUGUUUAGGGAGUGAGAAAUAUCAUGAGAAGAGAUGAAGGCGAUGCCAUCCUUCGACUGCUGCUGUACCUUGUGCGUAUACCUUCCCGUGGAGCAGAGGUCGAGUGUCAUUCAGCGGAUUCAGCGGGCAGCUGCUGAGUGCGUGGCGCUGCGUGGGGUGCUAUGCAACACGAGUUUCCCUGCAGACCCCGCCGGUGGCGAGCGUGGGACGGGGGCAGGUCCUUCAACUAUCGUGUGCCUCAUUUCUCCCACCUGCCACGUGGGGAUGACAAUACUCUCCACCUACCUACCUCACAGGGGUGCUGUGGGGAUUCCUGUGGCAGCGUUAGCACGGCGCUUUAAACCUCCUGCUAGCGGUGCCACACAAACGCAUACUGUGCUCCGGGAGUGUCUGAGGGCGAAGGACUCUCCUAUCUGGGCAGCAGGAGCAGUCCCUUGCAGAGGCUGCGCAGAUGAAACACACACCACAGAGCCCGUUAGGACAGCGUCACGUCCCUUUGUGGCUUUGCUGGAAGGACUGGCAAGUAGCUCCUCGGUCCCGGCUCUGUCGCUUUCUUUGUGGAGCGCAUUGGAAUGUGGCUUUGCUGUCCCCUCCCCCAACGUGCUAACCUGCCUGUAUUUAUCGGUUUGGAGAAGAUAAAGAUUUACUGGUUUCGCAGGUUAACAGAGGGAAAGGAGAGUAUCUGACCUUUGCAGGUGGAGGCUUGUGGACUGUCGUGUCUUUUUGACAGAGAUGUGUUGGAAAGAGAACCGCAAAGGUGCUCCUGUGAGUGAGUCCUCUGUGGAGGUGACCCGCUGUUGUUGGGUGACAGGACAGCACUGAUCCCAGUUCCUAGUGCUUCAUCAUCUCUCAUCCCUUCCCACGUGCCCUUUACCUCUCCACAGAGCCCCCGAAAUGGUGGGAUUUCCCUGUACCUGUGUUUGUCUCUGAAGGCAGCUUUGGGCAGCUUAGUGCAUUCUCCAGGCAAUUGUGGGGCAAGGGUUCUGUGGGAUGGCUAUGGAUUUCUGCAAACCAAUGGCUUCUAACCAUCGGGGAAGGAUUACUUCUUAGAGAGUUGAUGAGACCCUUCAAAGACAGAAGUUUCUGGGAAAUUAAUGUACUUUACUUGAAAAGUAACCUCUUUUUAAUACAGCUUUUCCAGGACAGUCUUUAAAGAGUGUCGCCCAUUUUCAAGGAGGCAAAGAGGAAGCGCUUUUGAAGAUGUUUGCCACGCAAGCAGCCGUAGGGCAUAUGGAAAUGGGAAUAAUGAACUGUUGAGCUAGAAAUUCUUACCUGUAGAAAACUUAGCUAUGGAUAUUUGGUAUUAAAAUUAUUCCUAUUUAGAGGAACUGUUCAAUGACCAGUAAGAAUAUAGUGGAGGAGGCGUGCAUGAUUAAGUGUGCUUGGGUGUCAGCAUCAUUUGGGUGUCUCCUGGUUUUCUAGUCAGCUGGCGGCAGGCCCAUGGGGUGAGGCAAACUCUUGAAUGACACAUGGACAGGGGGACUGUGGACCUGACUGCACAGUCCUUAAUGGGUGGCCUUUAUUGUCCAAUUUGGUGGCUACAUGCUACUACUUAUAAGGAAAACAAUGAGAAAUUAGAGGGCAUUUUGCUCAUUUGCUCGAGGUUUUAUUUUUGUUUCUAUUUUUCUGGAAAGUAACUUAAGGAAGCAUGAUCUUUUUCAUAAAUACAUGCUUUUGAUUGGGCAGAAAACCCAUGGACCACAUGUUAUUUUAAACCUUUUUUAUUCUAGAAACACAGCUGCUUAUAUGUCAGCUUCCUACGCCACAAUCAGUCUUAACGAGCAGUGGCUAUAUGCUUUGGAUCCAUCAGGACAGUUAAAAGGACAAAAUACAUUUAUGCAGAAAUAGCCUACGUUGCCAGAGUUCACCCUUUCAUCGUCCUAUAAUCAGCUGUGACCAGUGAUGGUACCAAGGCCAUGGCAACCGUAUCAGUGAUUACAGACAUAGAACACUUUGGGCCUGAAUCACUGUUGCAGUCCAGGCCUCGGGAGAAUCUUGCCCACGUACACAGAGCUAUUAGAUAUGCUUUGGGAAAAUAAGUAAGAUUUAAGGAAAGGAAGAAUAGAUUUGUUGUUUUUUGUUCUUUUGAAAGUAUGCACUGAAGAAAGUGCAAGACUUAGCUCUAGAGAGCCUUUUACUAGAGAGCCCCUACGGUCCUUUCUGUCUCCAUCACAUACCAUGUACCUGAAGAACAAGACCUGCAGCUGAAGUCUUUCCCUUGCCCGCAGGACUCUUGCCAUCACACACUUGUCUUGGUUUUCUUCUAAGCCGUGUUUCUGAGCACUUGCUCCGUAUUUCGGUAGCAGCACGCACCCCAGCCUCACUCUGAGCACUGGAUUCCACAUCGCUCUCACCUCCCAUAUCCGGGCAGUCUGGCUCAGGUCAAUUCAAGAGGCCUUUUCUCAGCAGCUCUUGCAUGUGCAGUACUGCUAGGCUUUGAAUAACAGCAAGAUGGAUUUCCAGAUUGUCAGCACUCCCCUUUCCUUAUUAUCUUUAAAGUAACUCGUGUUCAUUCAGUCACCCACUCACUCAGCACAUACUGAGAAUCUACCCUGUCUGUGUCUCGUCCUGGGAUGCACACUAGGUAGAGAGGAGCUGACAGGUCAGACAUGAUGCUCUGACUUCAGAGCAUCCUCUUUUGUUUAGCUAUUUGUGAUAAUGUUAACAUGCCCAGACUCUUUCCAGAUCCAUCUCACUCAUUCUACUGGAGGAAUCUUUGGAAAAAAACCUUUUGGUCUGUAGGGUUAUCUGUUGCCUCAGGCUGAGGCUGCCUCCUUAGGACUUGAGAGGCUCAUGCUCUUCAUUUGUCUCCCAUGACUCUUCCAUACACCCUCUAGUGCAGCAUUUAUGACUAUCCAUCCAUGGUUCCACCUUUGUGCUUCUGGUCAUGACAGCCCCUCUGUUGAGCUGCCCUACCCUCUGGCCCCUGUCACCCAUCUCUUAAGACCCAACUUCAUCAGUUCCGCAUGAAGAAUUCCCUCCCAACUUAUUAUCAUCCCCCUUUCCUCUAAAAACAAAAACACUUAUGUUUCCUUCCCUGAAGGCUAGAUGGGGAAAGCAUGCUAUAAAGUAAUGGGUUUUCAUUGUGUGUGUCAGUGCCUCUAUUGAUAAUCUAAUGAGAGUUCUAGGCUCUAUUCCCAGAAAAGUGCAUAUAUGCAAAUAUCAAAAUUUUUACAUAUAAAUUCAAAGAUUUGGAAAGUGGAAUUGCUCUUUGAUCCCUUAGGGGGCCCACAGACCCCAGAUGAAGAGGUCUUGUUCUAAAUGUCACUGUUGAUGUUGUCCUUGUCUGUUACACAUCCAGGGAGGAGAGAAUUGGUAUGAGUUGUGCAAACGGAAGUGAUGCCUAUUGUUAUCUACACCGAGGAAGUGCUGUGUGUCAGAAAGGGAAGAAAGAACAGCUGUCUCACAUUGUCUGAGAAAAUAUCUUUGUUCAGACAGAUUCGGAAUGUUUAUCUUUAUGUGUGUGUACAUGUCUUUGUACAUACUUUUGAGGGUGCACAAGCUUUGUGGGGAUUAGAUCCUGCUGGGCUGGAGAUAAUAAGGAUGUGUGCAGGAGGUAGGUGCUGGGAUUAGAAUUCUGGUCCUCACGAUUGCACAGCAAUGGCCCCAAACCACUGGGCCAGCUCACUAGCCCUGGAUUUACAAUUUCAAAAGUGAUAUAGUUCCUCGCUGUUUCCAUUCUUACUUAUUUUUAACCACCUGCAAAGCUGAUGUGUGGCAAAAAUGAGCUCAGGACCAAGUCAAUAUCAUUUCCGUCCACACAUUUACCACUUCUGAGUGGGUAAGCAGUUGUUUGGGGACUGAAGGUGGGAAAGAAGUUUUUUGUUUGUUUUCUUAUGGACUAAGACCUACUAAACAAAUUUUGCUAUGUUCAUUUUUUUCAUGGAUCAAUUACUGAUUGUAUUUUCAAUAAAAUGGUCAUGUUUUAUGUUGGUAGGGGUCAGCUCAGUUUAUUUUUCCACACACACAAAAAGAACAAAGUGAUCUUUAGAGCUCCUGACUGGCCAACAGUCCUGUCUGGGUGUUCAGUAUUGUCUGAGUAGACCGAGGACUGUAUUUCUGACUUUGGAAGCUGAGCUCUGUCUGUCCAUCUUUAGCAGGGCCAGAGAGCAACUGUGCAUGACAUGCUUUACCAACUUUAUUCUAAGGCCCCGAAGAAGUGAUUGCUGGCACCAGUCAAUACCUUGCCCUUCAGAGUACAGCUCUGGGAGGUCGUGAAAGUGGCUUAAGGAGAAGGGACUCAGAUGUUUUAGAGCCAGCAGGCAGUGUGACCUUGGCCAUUCUGGCUUUCGUGGAAGCAGAGAACUUCCCUAGUCCUAGAGCUUCCAGAAUCCACCUUGCUAGACCAUGACAACUACAAAGCUCUGGUUUUAGGAGGAUCAUGUUUCCAAAAUAUCUAAGUUGUGUGCACAAGAAGGAGCCUUGCAUUAGUAAGACAAAUAACUCAUGAAUAAGGUCUCACACCGAGUCCUGUUACAGUGCUUUGGAAUUCAUCGUGUGCACAGUUGACUCUAGCACUGCUUCCUAGCACUUAAAAACAUCACCGUCUCUCAUUGCAGCUUUAGCUAUUUAAGACAAUCUACUGACUGCUGAGUAAUAAACAUAUAGUUUAUCAGGAACAGUUCAUAUUUAUAAAAAAUAAAUUUGCUAACUAAUUUAUCUCUCACCCUCUGUCAGCAAGUGUUUAUUUUUAUUUAUUUGCUCUUACUCGGUGGCUCUAGAGUAUGGUACACUUAGUUGUCAGUGACAUUUUAAUCCUUUUUCUUUAUUAUAACUUGAGCUGUCCUCUGAUCUUAAAAAAUGGAUUUAGCUUGUAAAUUCCCAUGUUUAUUAGUGCUGGCCAAACAGGUAACAAAAAGACAGACUGUUUGUUUCAGGGCUAGAAGAGAGGAAGGCUCUUCAGUGUGUGGCAUUUACCCUUAAACGGUUGUUCAGAAUGGAAGUGGUCUUUCACGUCUCCUUCAGUCCUACCCCUUCGGCUUAUUAACCAAGUCCAGUGCUAGAUUUUAACUUUUAAUUACAUUUGAUUUUUUUCUUUUGCAGUAAUAUGACUGAAGACAGCACUCACUUGUUGGCAGGUCACCGUCAGCAGAAUGACAUGUUUCCGUGACUCCUGUGAAAGGAGUUUUGCCUCGGUAGUAAGCCUUAUGAGGUCAGAUCAAGGCAGGUUUUAGACAGGUUUACCCACUUCCCUGCUCUGUAUUAAAUGACAACUCAAGUUUUAGUUUGAGUGAUUAGUGUCUUCAUGUUGGUGGUUGGGAAAGAAAGGUUCCAAGUUCUUUUUUUUUUUUUUUUUUUUCUUAUGGGACUUCUGAGCCUUUCACUGAGACAGGAGAGAAAGAGAUGGCAAGAAGUGCCAGGACUCAGGCAGCGGAGUUAUGGGGCUGGGUUGGAGAUGCAAUGGUCACGGAAAGUUUUUAGGUGAUGGGGUGUUAUGAACAGGCUUGCAAAGGAGAAACAAAUGCGGUCUGCAGAGUGUGGAGUGCCUGUGGGUGUGCAAAUGGCCAGUGCGGGAACACUGAAGCAAUGUUUGUCUUGGUUUCUCACCAAGGACAUCAUCCCUGGAUGCACAGUCUCGUUCAUCUCCAUCUCAGUGCUCAUGCCUCAAGACUGUCCCGCUGACGCUGGCUUGGCAAUUUUGCAGAGGAAUUUCAAGCUUCUGGCCCAGUAUGUUUGUUACCUCUUUUGAUUUGGAAACUAUCCUAGUAUCAAAAGUUAUGGCACUUACAGAAAAAUGUGCAAAGCAUAUAUUUUUAUUUGAGAAGUUUUUAAAAUGUUUGGAGACACCAAAAGUCAUUUAUACUUAGACAUCUGUCCAAACCAUUGUAUUUAUUUUUUUGGUAGAACUUUUUGUGCUCAUCGUCUCUCUCUGCAUUUACUUAUGGUCAAUGCAGAUGUGUAGACAGUGUGCUGUGUGUGUUUAUGUCUGGUGAUUUACGAUGUUCAUUACAGAGCACCCAGGCCUAGACAUUAGAAAGUGUAUGAGCCAGCAGAGGUCAGGGGUGGAGGUCGCUGCUUAGUAGCACCCAAAAGCUGUGACUGACGGGAGUGUGUCUGGGAUCCGUAGGCAAGUGCGCAGACUUGAUGCGUUUUUUAGGUCAGGUUGUUCGCUUAUUUUUACAUAAAGUAAGUGGCAAGAAGAGUCAACAGUUAGAUGCCACUUGUUUUCCUCUGAGACAGGAUCUCAUAGAGCUAGAUCUCACUUUUGCAAGAGCUCGUUUUAAUUCUGGGGAACACCUGAUCUGGAAUGCUUUGACAAUUCCCAAAUGCUUUCACCAUACUAAGAAAAACAAAAAUACCAAGGGACGUGAGCCUGAAUUAUUCAAUGUAAAAUGCAUUGCUGGGGAGCUGGGCUACCUCUCUGAGAAGCAAGCUUUGAUAAUACCUGGCAAUUACCAUGUCAUCUUGGGUAUCCAAAUGUACAGAAGAUGUUCAGGUCUACCCUAAGGCAUCUGAGGUAGCAAGGGCCUCCGCCGGCAUGGGUUCAGCCCACCUUUCAGCUGCUGGUGAUGGAGGGCAUCUUCCUGUGUCACCUGGCUUGUAAACACAGUGACUAGCGUCUCACCGAUGGAGGGCCCCAGUGUAGCGGCGUCAUGCCGUGUUUAUUUCUGGUUCUAUGAGUUACUUUGGCACAGUCCCUGUUAGUCGUUUAUAAGCCAUACUUCCACUGUACACCUGAUUGUAAGGUAGAUUUCAACUGUGCACUAUGUUGAUCGCUCUGUACUAACGUGGAAAUUCUGUAUACUUGGUCUUAUGCUGUAUGUAUUGAUGUGUAAAUGAUAACUAAUGGAUAUGAAACA